UCUUCCUUGUACAUUCGGAGCUCUAUGGAGCGUAUUCAUAUAAUUUAAAGAAAACGUCAUAUGUUUUUAAUGUCUUCCCGCCAUCAACAUGAUAAGAUUUUAUUGCACUGGAGGAAGAGGAACAGAAAAGUUCAUAAAAACAGAAUUAGAGGAAAAACUGAAAGCACAAAAUAUUGUUGUCUCUGAUGGUAAAGUUUAUUUUGAUGCAAAUAUUUCACAGAUUCAUCAUAUUGUUAAACUGAGAUCUGUAGAAAGAAUCUUUGUACAUCUCUUACAACUGGAUUGGAAGAAUAUACGAGAAAUAAACAAAAGAAAGCAACAUGAUAGGAUUUCAUAUGUACAUGUGAGACGUGCAAUUAUGAAUGAUGAGAUAUGGAAAGAUCCUGUCAUCCAUCAGAUCCCUCAUGAGGUAUUACAAGUACAGAACAUAGCCAUGAUAGAUGGAAGUUCUCCAGAGUCAAAACAUCAAUCUACUUCUGCAUGUUCUAGGGUCUUCGAGAAAUCAUCAGUGGAUUGUUUACAGAAUUUAGAAAGCAACAAAACAAUAACAACAAACACAUCAGAACGAGACAAAGCCGGCUCAUCCACCACAGAAAAGCAAAAUGAACCUAUGGAUAUUCAGCAUGAUAAAUCUGACUUGCAACAAGCUGAUUCUAUGGGAACAAACAAGGCAGGUUUACCUAUUACAGAAAAGCAAAACAUUUUGGAUAAAAUCAAAAACAUUGAAUGUGAUAAGCAUGACACUGAAACAAAAGAAACUGAUAGAUUGAGCAUAUCUGUUACUGAAAAACAAGAUGUACUGACAGAAACCCCAAAAAGUGAAUCAGAAAAAUCACAAGAUGGUUUAUCAAAGUCAGAACUACCUCUUGGAUCUACCAAACCAGUUAAGAGAAGAUGUAGUUCUAUCAGUGAAAGUCCAGAAAGACCAGCAAAGAAAAAAGGAAAGUUAGGCUUUACUUUUAGAGUGACUUGUCGCUGCACAGGUUCAGUUGCCAAAUAUGUGUAUGCUCAGGAUCUUCAGAUAAGCAUUGGAUCUAAACUGAAGAAUUUGCUGAAUUGGAAAGUUAACCUGCGCUCCCCUGAUAUAGAGAUCAGUUGCCAUGUCAAUGAUAAAUGUGUUGUAUUAGGAAUCCCAAUCAUGAAAUCUCCACUGUCCAACAGAAGUUACAUUAGACAUUUUGGUUUGAGAUCAACAAUAUCUUAUAUAAUGUCAAGCCUACUUCCAUUGAAGACAGGUGAUAUUGUUUUGGAUCCAAUGUGUGGAAAAGCUACCAUUUUAGUGGAGUCAGCUCAUGAAAAUAAGACAGUUACAUACAUUGGCAGUGACAAAGAUGAUAACCAGAUUAAGUUUGCCACAGACAACAUUCACUUUGCCAAACAGGGCAAUGUUCAUAUCUUUAAAGGUAGUGUGUUAGAGUUGCCUCUACUUAAUAAUUCCAUAGACCAUGUUUUGUGUGAUGCUCCAUUUGGAAAACAACAUAAGGUUGACUGUGAUCUUGAACAUUUCUACACAAGAUUUCUCAAUGAAGUAACAAGAAUACUAAAACCAGAUGGAAAUGUAGUUCUUUUGACAAGUCCUGAAAUGGAGCGAUUCCUGUUAAAAACUCUUUCAAAGAAAAAUAAAUCCAAGCAGGAAAAUGUUAUUUUAGAAAAAAAUGUUAAAACAGAUGAAAAAGGUUCUUCAACAUGUUCAAACAGUGAAAUUAGAAGGAACAUUGAUAAUGAUAUUCAGAAAGGAGAUAAUACUUUGAAAACUGAACUGGUAGAUAAUCUCCAGAAAUCAAAUGAAGACUCCAAACAGAAAAACGAUAUGGAAAUGGAAAGUGACAUUGAGAUGGGAGAAAUCCCAUCAAAGACAGAUCAAUCUUUAAGGACAAGUGUAAAUCAAAAUACAGAUCAAAAACAGGAAAAUGACAUUGAGAUGGGAGAUAACCCAUUACAGACAGAUCAACUAGAUAAAAGUAAUCUCAAAAGUACAAUCGAUAACUCUAACUUGCAAAAUGAUAUUGUUAAUCAAGAUUCAAAUUCAUUAGAGAAGGAAAAAAGAGACAAAUCUUGUACUGCAAUUGAUGAAGACUCAGGAAGCCAAACGGGUAUUGAAGUAAAAGACUUGAUAAGCAAAAGGCAUCAUAAAAGCAUAUUAGCAAAUAAAACAGAUAGAACUGCAGAUUGGGUGAACUCAGUUGAAGACACUUUUAAAAAUGAUGAGUUAAUGUUUAUGAAAUUGUUGUAUGUUGACAGUCAUUAUAUGAAAUUAGGAGAAACUCAUGCAUAUAUUUGUAUACUUCAUAAAAGUAUUGAGUAAAAUUUAAGAAAAAUGUCUUUCAAUUUGUAAUAUCUAUAUACUUUGCAUAUUGAUAGUAUAUAGUGUAAAUCAACAAAGUUACUUGAGUGUUUAUUCAUGCAAGUUACAUGAGAAGCAAAACAAUGCAAAUAUAAUUCUUAGCAAAUAUGUCAAAAGUAAAUCUUCUCUCAUAUGAAAACAUAAAAAAUGAGGAAAUCAUGAAAAAAUAAACUGCUGCAGAGUUGGCUUUACCUAUAA